GGGUUUGUGAGCUUCACUCGCAGGCUCCUGUGUGUGCCAUAGCAGACUGUCUGCCAGGUGCCUGCAACCUCGGCUAAGUGGAGGCUUGCAAUAAUCGCUCUUUCAAAGAGCAAUUCAGAGUAAUUGUGUAGAUGCUAUGGAAAGCACAUCUUCUGUAAUUUGGUGCAAUGAAGCUCGAUACCGGAAUGGUUCAGGUUGGUGCGGGCAAUGCUGCAGUUGACCUCCAGCAGCGUGACCCAUUCCAGGACCUUCCGCUGGUGACAGGGACAUGGGACGGCUUCUGUCACUUUCCAGAUGGUUCAUUACAACUGACAUCCAGCUUAAUCUCGGUGGGAAGGAACCUGAGAAAAUUUCUCUUCGUUGCUCUGGGACGUCACACAUUUGUAACCGUAAGACACGUCAGGUUCCUUAUACCUUUUAAAGUUUUAACGUGACCUUUUCCAAUGAGGAUGUCUGGUACCGUUUCUAUAAAGGACGACCCCGAAACGAUGAAGGGAUCGGAGACCGACCUGGAACACUCCGGCUCACUUGAAAACCUCCUCCAACCUGCAGGACAAGACAGAGCGCCAACCGAGAAAGAGGAGAGCAGCGAGAGCAAACAGGAUGCCACGCGACCAGUGCAGCCUUUGGGGCAGACAGGAAAAAGGUCGAAGUCGAGUUCAAAGUUAAAGCUAGUGCGAAGCCUGGCGAUUUGUGAAGAGUCUCCUCCUCCUUCCACAGCUGACAGCCCGCUGGACAUACAGGAAUUGAUACCAGUCCAGCCCGCGCCAUCGCCAGGAAAAGAGGAAAAACCUUUGAAGGAUGAAACUGAGAAGGGAAAUGAAAAGUCCGCACGUAAAAUGCUUUCACGAGAUUCCAGUCAGGAAUACACCGAUUCCACCGGUAUAGAUCUCCAUGAGUUUUUAGUGAACACACUGAAAAGUAAUCCCAGGGAUAGAAUGAUGCUGCUGAAAUUGGAACAGGAUAUAUUAGAUUUCAUCGCAACCAAUGAAAUGCAACGUAAGAAGUUCCCGCCGAUGACCUCGUAUCACAGGAUGCUUCUGCACAGAGUCGCUGCGUAUUUUGGCCUUGAUCAUAACGUCGAUCAGAGUGGAAAAUCUGUCAUUGUGAAUAAAACAAGCAAUACAAGAAUCCCUGAUCAGAAAUUCGAGGAACAUAUCAAGGAUGAAAAAAGCGUAGAUUUCCAGAAGCGCUACAUUCUCAAGAGGGAUAACUCCAGUUUAGACAAAGAUGAUAAUCAGAUGAGGAUGAGAUUAAAAGAGGACAGAAGAAGCAAAUCCAUCGAAGAACGGGAGGAAGAAUACCAGCGAGCCCGUGAGAGAAUAUUUGCACAGGAAUCAUUAUGUUCUCAGGAGAAUUACCUCACCGAUAAGAGAAUCCAAGAGGAAGAGUCUAAUAUUACCCAGCAGAGACGCCAGAUAUUUAGGAUCAAUAAAGACGCUUCAGGUAGAUCAGGAAACAGCCUCUACAGCAGUACUGAGAAUGAUCUGAAGUACAAUGAGCCGCGGCCGUGGAGCAGUACCGACUCUGACAGCUCCAUCAGAAACCUGAAGCCCGCUGUCACCAAAGCUAGCAGCUUCAGUGGGAUUUCGGUUUUGACACGAGGGGAUAGCUCUGGAAGCAGCAAAAGCACAGGCAGGCUUUCCAAAACAGGUUCAGAGUCUUCUAGUAGUGUAGGGUCAUCCACUGGUUCUCUGUCCCACACCCAGCAGCCUCUUCCAGUAACCGCCAUAAACCAACCCUCACAUGGCACAGCUGCCGUCUAUCCGGCUGUCAGCACUAGUAAUUCUCUUUCCUUUGAUGGUGGCAUGAGUGGGCAAGUGGCUCCAUCUAGCGCUAGCUUCUUUUUGCUUCCCUUGGAAGCUGCAGGCAUUCCUCCUGGCAGUAUUCUGAUCAACCCACAAACAGGUCAGCCAUUUUUAAACCCAGACGGCACUCCAGUUGUCUACAAUCCUCCAGUAACUCAGCAGCCGAUUAGGACCCAAGUGCCUGCUCCCAUCCCCCCUCCUCCUCCACCACCUCCACCCCCACCACCUGCCCCUCCACAGCAAACUCCCAACCACCUACUACAACAGCCUAUCCGGUCUCUGCCAUCUUCUUCGCAGCCUGUUCAGUACCCAGCCGUCUCUUAUCCACCCCCGCUCCUGCAGGUCUCACCCACUCAACAGUACACUGUGCCAGACAACAUGAACACUCAAUUUAGCCAUAUGAGUCUUGCCAGGCAGCAAUCGGCCGAAUCUUCAGAUGCUCAUCCAACCAUGUUCCAGUCCACCGUGGUGCUCCAACCAUCUCCGCAAUCUGGCUACAUCAUGGCGCCCCCUCCUCCACCUCCACCGCCCCCACUAGGCCAGUCUCACCAUCCUUCCAACUACAACUCCAGCCAGUCUGUCAAUCAGCCAGUGCUGCAGCCACAGGGAUACAUCCAGCCCCCCUCUCUCCAGCAGAUCCAGACCUGCUACUGUAACCCAAAUCAAUUUUCUCACUCAAACCAACAAUAUCGACCAGUAACAUCUGUCCAGUUCAAUUCCCAACCAAACCAAACCCUGCCACAAGCUGCCCACCAAACAGGUUACACGACUGUAAUGCCCAGCCAGCAACCAAACUACCAGGGUAUGAUGAAUGUCCAGCAGCAGAAUCAGGCCUUGGUUAGUGGCCAGCCUGGCAGUCUAUCCAAUCCUAUUCAGGGUGUGAUGGUGCAGUACUCCUCAAUGCCCUCUUACCAGGUACCAGUUCGGCAAGGCUCCCAGUCUGUACCCCAACAGCCAUAUCACCAACAGGUGCUCAUCCCUAACCAGUCCAACCAGGGGCACUUAUCGACCGCAGGGAUGCCCGUCUAUUACAGCGUCAUUUCUCCAGGGCAACAAAAUAACUUGAGCUCGUCGAUGGGAUAUAUGCACCCUCCAGGGUCUGACCAGAUGCAGUUCCCUAGAGCAACCUCUCCGUGUUCUCAAGCACUGCAUGGUCCUCCGUGUACAGCUGUACCAGCACCUCCCCCUGGUGGCGGAAUGGUAAUGAUGCAGCUCAACGUUCCCAACAACCCACCACCUCAAACACAUUCGCCACCUCAGUGGAAGCCAAAUAAAUAUUAUUGUGACCAUCAGAGGGCACAUAAAACCGUAGAAUAUGGCAGCCUAGAUCAUUCUACACAGCAUAGUUCCCACAUUAGCAGUCCUGUCACAUCACCCAAUCAGUCGCCAGUUCCUGUGCAGUUAGCCAACAUGAAAAACAUCCGCCCGGGUUUAACGCCUCUCCCUUUAGUUCCACAUUUUUCUAGACCUUUUGUUCCUGGCCAAGGUGACACAAGAUAUCCGUUACUUGGUCAGCCAUUACAGUACAAUGCUCCUCAGUUAGUGCACGGACAUAUACAAGGUCAGUCUGGACACAGACAUGGAAAUCGGGGAAAAAAAACGGCAAGAAAAGCUGCUUCCACUGACCUUUCUGCUGGUGAACCAGUCAUCGGUAAGGUCUUAGAAAUCACAGAACUGCCAGACGGGAUAAGUCGCAAAGAUGCAGAAAUGCUUUUUGGUGAACUCUUUAAAGUAGGUGCUAAAAUCCGGUGGCUCCGGGACCCCCACUCGCAGCAGACACCGCACCAACAGCAACAUAACCAACACUACUGCAGCAGUGGAGACAACCACACGAGUUCCGAACAGCCCAACCCUUCCACAGACUUGGCCUCUACUUACACCAUCGUCGCCACCUUCCCCACAGUGUCCGCCGCACAGAUUGCACUGAAGAAACACAAUAAUUUAAUGAACAAGUUUAGACUGAGAACAAGCAGAAAGCCCUACGACCUUCACAUCCUAGAAAGAGCAAGCUCUCAAUAGAACGGAGAGGGAGGCCUGGUCACCAGGGGGUCGGCCUCCCCCCUCAGUCACCACCAACGAUUGAAAAGUGCUUCUCUUCUGUACAGAGACAACACUGUUGAUUUCGAACGAUCAUGACCUACUAAACUGAAGACCAUCCUAUGGAACCGGCAUAGAAGAAAAUCGAACAGCAGGAUUGAACCCUCUCCCCUUCCCCUUUUAUAGUCUGUUUGUUUUAUAUUUAUAUUUCUGUAUUGGACCCAAACUUCUCUUGUACAGAGGAAAAAUUGUUGUUCAUACUGAAUGCCCAUGAUGGAAAAAGAAAAAAAGAAGGAAAAAAAGAGAGAAAAAAAAAAACAAAACAAAAAAACCAAGUCUGUGUUUUCUACUCCUUUUCUUUUUUUCAAAGCCAGCACUUUGCCAUCCAUUUUCCUAGAACAGGGUGGGGAAACUUAAACGCUGCACUAAAAAAAUGAAAUAAAUAAAAAGAUUCUAUAUACAAUACAUAGAAAUAUAUAUUAUAAUAAUUAUAGACCUACUACUGUUUGGAAGAGACAUCUAGUUCUGUUCCCCUGAUGUCCAAGGGGAUGCCGUUAAAACUACUGGUUCUCUUCACCAUGCCCUUCAGAAGUUCUAUAAUUUAAGGCUUUGUGAAAAUUCAUUGUAAAUAAAUUAUGUUUCUCACUAAA